UCUCUCUUUCUUUCUUGCUCCGUUUCUGUUGAAUCGGGUGAAGUCAUAUACAUCAGACAGGUUUGCUGGAUUUAUCUUGGCAGUCCUAGACAGAGCACUCUGCACUGUGUUGUAAGGAAGAAGAAGAGCGGGAAAACAGCAACACAAGCUUAAACCCACCUGUAUUCACCUGAAAGCUACUACACAAAGAUCAGCAUGGCAAACAAAGGUCCUUCCUAUGGUCUGAGCCGUGAGGUACAGAGCAAGAUUGAUAAGAAAUACGACCCGGAACUGGAGGAAAGGUUGGUGGAGUGGAUCAUCACCCAGUGCGGCUCUGGAGCUGGCCGGCCUAAGCCAGGCAAGACCGAAUUCCAAAACUGGCUCAAGGAUGGAUGUCUGCUUUGUGAGCUCAUCAACAGCCUGUCCGGACCUAACAAGCCGAUCAAGACCAUCAAGAGUUCCGGCAUGGCAUUUAAGCAGAUGGAACAAAUAUCCAUGUUCCUUAAAGCUGCAGAAAACUAUGGAGUCACCAAAACUGACAUGUUUCAGACUGUAGACCUCUUUGAAGGCAAGGAUCUGGCUGCUGUCCAGAGGACCCUGAUGGCUCUGGGUAGUUUGGCUGUCACAAAGAAUGAUGGGUGUUACAAAGGAGACCCGAGCUGGUUCCAUAAGAAGUCCCAGGAGAACAGGAGAGAUUUCUCAGAGGAACAGCUGACCGAAGGCAGAAAUGUCAUCGGCCUGCAAAUGGGCACAAAUAAAGGAGCAUCUCAAGCUGGAAUGACAGGCUACGGACGACCCAGGCAGAUCAUCAACAAUAAUCCAUGAAUCCGAGCAGUGCUUAAACCCUCCUCCAAGACACUCCUUCUGCUGCCCUCUGAAAUUUCAGCGAGGACGGAGAAACUCUGACUCUGACUCUACGGCCACGAGGAGAAAUGUAACUUGACUGUUUUUAAGACUAAACUGGACCAAAACACGGACCAAACAAGAACAUGUGCACAUAUAGAUAACAUACUUCAUGUUGAGCACACAUACCGAACAUAAAUAGAUACCUUUAACAGUACAAGUAAAGAAUUAGACGGAGCAUUUUAAAUUGUAAACUGUAAAUAUUUUUUAUUAAAGGGUCAUUCCAGUUGUUUUGCAUGUAUUAACCCACUACCUAAAAAUCAAAUUUGUGUUACAUUACUGCAAAUCAUAAGAUUUUAGAUUGCCUAACCUACAGACCUUGUGAGUUUUCACUUAAUUUCAGUUCACUUUAAAAAUCAACUUGCAGAGACUUGUAACUUGCUAGAGAGAAGUAAUUCAUCACAUUCAACAUUUAGUUUGUUUUAUCCUUCAACAGCUGCAUAAUUGCAGCAUGCAGCCAGGAAGUCUCCCUGAUGACACAUUCAAGGACACUCAGAUGUCUGAGACUUUAUAAUGGAUGAACCAUCCAAUUACCAUUAUUUAUGUUAAACAUUGUUUGCUUUUUGGUUAUUUGCCAGCAUUGCUCUUCUGACAACGUAGAGCUGUCAAGUCUUGGACAUUACCACCAAGGAGAGUUUAGAAAAUCUUUACAUAAACAGAACAAAACAGCUAUAAUGCAACUUUAACAAUAAAAUAUGAUAAAGAGAAAAAUGACCUAAUUGUUAAAUGUGAUAGAUGGCCCAUCUCUAGGGUUUGGGGUAGAGUUAGUUUUAAUUUUCAUUUAUGGUGUACUGGAAUUAACUAAAACAAGUGGCAGCCUGGAAGGUAAGAAGUGUAGAGUGAUGUGGUUUACAUUAAUGUUAAGCUCAAAAUCUAAUAGAUUACAGCAAGCAAAUCCAAGCAGUCAUAUGUAAUCUGAGAAAGUGAAUUGCCUGGUUUAAAAAAAAAAAAAAAGAAAUUUUAUGAAAAACAUAAAAUACAGUCAUGUGUGUUUUACCUGCUCCGUAAUACAAUCAGCAGUUAGAUACUCCCAUCUAACUAAUUUCUAAUCAAAAAUGUUGUUCUUUUUAGAGUUGAAUUCAUCAUAUAUAAUGACGAUGGUUUUGAAAUAAAGGUCGAUUUACAUGUAAA